AUGGCUCCUACACCCACAAAUGAUGAUACCAGUUCCGUGAACAACGGCACCAAGUCUACCGGCUCUUGGGGGGGAGAAACGCAUUACAGAGAUUCAAGCACCAGGACGGACGGUGUCCAUGGACUUCUUUUCAGCAGGCGAGACGAGGCUCCAGUGUCGUACCCGCCGGCCUUGAAAGAUGGCGCAGACAACCGCAACAAUGACCUAAAUCAGGUUAUAGCCAUCGUUGACCAAAAAUUCCCUAGGCGGACACCACCACAGUCCUAA